AUGUCGUCCUGGAAGCGGGGCUAUGAGCAAAUCCCUGAUGUGCGCGGCAUGGAGAAGGAGCUGGGCGAAUCACGCAAGCACACGAGCCCGCUCUGGAAAUACCUGGCCAUCGGUGCCAUCCCCAUUCUCGUGUGCGGCGUGCUGGCGCUGGCCGUCUUUGCCGGCCUGCUCUCGCUCGGCCUCGUCAUUCUGCACGAUCGAUGCCCGCCGGCUGAGAUCCCCGUCGCCCGCACCUACGUCGUCGAUCUCGACCUGGCCGCCCACAACUGGACCAGCCGAGCUGCCGCCGUGACCUCGCUCAACAGCUACCUCCAGACCGUGGCCGCCAACAAGACCCUUGUCUACGCCAACGCCUACAAUCCGCUGCUGGUACGGUUCGUGCACACCUCGAAGGAACUCUACACCCGCAUCUUCAACGAGGUCUACUACGACACACCCGACAAUGCGAUCGCGGCGAUGGGAGGAUCGCUGCGGGUUCGUUCGUUCAUCUCGUCAUCGGGCAAUGGCCCCGCGAUGGCCGGCAAGUCGACGGUGGAGUUCAUCUUCCGCAGCGGAGACCAGGUCGUCGCCACCGAAUCGGCCAUCGAUCCUUCGGCCAGCCAAGCCGACGAGGGAAGGGAGCGACUCGAGCAGUUGUACUCAUUCGUGCCGGAGUUGACCACCUCCGUGGCUCACUACGAGCACCACGUUGAAGUCAGCAAUGUCGUCUACCAGUACGUGCCGAAGUCGAUCAGCGACAUCCGACUCCUGUUCGAUCGCGUCGACACCGUGCUGGCCCAUGUGUCCAGCGCCACCGUCCUCAACAUGACGACCAACAACUGGCUGUGGGAGGAUUUCUACUUUGAUGACGGCAUCGGACCUACGGAUGCGCUCUACCCGCAGGCUUUAACCACCAACCUCCGGCUCACCUACGCGACGCAGGCCGAUGCCCAAGCCGGCACCUCCCCCAGCGAUGGCGCGUUGGCGUUCCGGAUGUGGAUGGGCCUCAACGGGUUGGGGCGGUGGGACCACAAGACGAUCGACAUGGGCAUGACCCUCUUCCACACGGUGGCCACCUCGUCGUGGGGCCGUAGGGCCUCACCUUCGCCCUCGACUUCACCCGCGCCCUCACCCGAGCCCAGCCCCGCCGCCUGA